GUUAUAUCAAUUACAACAAAAAUAUUGAAACAGUUUCCAGUGAUAGAUAUCAUGGGGAGGUUCCCAUACCAAAAUGCACUCUUUUCACUAUUGUUACAAUUUGCAAUCAUAUGCAAUUUGGGAUUGUGCGAGUUUAAGGCUAAUUCCUGCAAUGAAAAGGACAAGCAAAUACUCCUCUGUUUCAAACAUUCACUCAUCGAUCCAUCAGGCAUGCUGUCUACAUGGUCCAGCGAAGAAGAUUGUUGUGAAUGGAGAGGAGUUUACUGUGACAUCAAUGGCAGUGUCACAAAUAUAAGCCUUCCUUGUUCCACUGAUUAUGACUACGUUUAUGGCAGCAAUGACUACAAAACAGAACAUUGUCUAGCAGGCGAAAUCCACCCAUCUUUACUUGACCUUGAAUUUUUGAACUACUUGGAUUUGAGUAACAAUAACUUCAAAUCUAUAAAUUGGUCAUUGGGCUGUCAAAACUUUUCAAUAGUAAAGAGCUCUCAUGAGAGUGGAAACUCCUCCAAUCUUGUGUUACUAGACUUGUCGAAAAAUGAGAUGCUUGUGAUAAGUGAUUUGAGAUGGCUUCAUCGCCUACCAUCCCUAGAAUAUCUCUACUUGGAUGGGAUUAAUCUCCACAGUGAAACUCAAUGGCUUCAUAUAUUGACCAUGCUUCCUUCACUUUCUGAGUUAUCCUUGCACAGUUGCCAACUCGAAAGUGUUAGUCCAUCUCUUGACUAUGCCAAUUUCACUUCACUUGAAUAUCUUGAUCUUUCUGGCAAUGAUUUAUUCUCUAAAUUGCCUUAUUGGUUGUUCAAUCUAAGUGGCCUUUCUUAUAUGAAUCUUGGAGGAAAUCGUUUCCAAGGCCAAAUACCCAGUGCUUUAUUGAAUAUUAGAAACUUGCAUACCUUGAUAUUGAGGGACAACAUGUUGAGUGGGAAAAUUCCAGAUUGGUUAGGCCAAUUUGGAAACCUACACUAUCUUAUCCUCUCUCACAAUUUACUUACCAGUUCUAUUCCUAUGACUCUGGGGAAUCUGUCAUCUUUGAGAGACUUUAGAGUCACCUCAAAUCAAUUGACCGGAACCCUUCCUGAAAAUUUCGGGCAACUCUCCAAUUUGGAGGUGUUGAGUGUUGCGGAAAAUUAUCUAUCUGGGGUUGUGUCUCAUAGAAAUUUCAUCAACGUUUCAAACUUACAAAUUUUGGCAUUGGGUUCUCCUUCCUUGGUCUUUGAUUUUGAUCCUCAUUGGACUCCGCCAUUUCAACUUCAUGAUCUUACCUUGGCUUAUGUGAAUCUUAAACUUCUUCCUUGGUUUUACACACAAAGAUCUCUUGACUAUCUAGAAAUGGAAAACUCCUUGUUUACGCUUGAACCUCAAGAAAAGUUUUGGAGCUGGGCAGCUAACAUUCAAUUUCUCUCUUUAUUCAACAACUCCAUGCCUUGGGACAUGUCAAAUGUAUUGUUGAACUCUGAAGUCAUAUGGUUGGUUGCAAAUGGUUUGAGUGGUGGCCUCCCUCGGUUAACUCCAAAUGUUAGAAUUUUCAAUAUAGGAAGAAACAAUUUGUCAGGGUCUCUUUCUCCUUUAUUGUGUCACAAGAUGAAGAGGGAAAACAAUUUGCAGUACUUGAGCAUAUAUGAAAUUUUUUUAUCUGAAGGGAUCCCUGAUUGUUGGGAAAACUGGAAAUCUUUGCUUCACGUUGAUCUGAAGGGAAACAAUCUAACAGGCAUGAUUCCUCACUCAAUGGGCACCUUGUCUAGUCUUUUAUCGUUGCAGCUUGAUGAUAAUAACUUGCAUGGACCAAUACCUUUAUCUUUGCAAAAUUGUCAAAAGCUUAUGAUCCUUAAUUUGGCUGAAAAUAAAUUUUCCGGAAUCAUACCGAAUUGGUUCGGACAGAAUAUGAGAGCUCUCCAGCUAAGAUCAAAUGAAUUUAGCGGUAAUGUUCCUCUGCGAAUUUGCCAACUUUCUUCUCUCAUAGUGUUAGAUCUUGCAAAUAAUAGAUUAACAGGCACAAUGCCCAACUGCCUCCUUAAUAUCAAAGCCAUGGUUUCCAAUAAUGCUACAACAGAUAUCAAAAUCGGUUUUGUAGUUCGAGGUAUUGGUAACAUAUUUGUAUUCGAUGUUAAGUUGGUCACCAAAGGCAAUGAAUUAGUCUAUAUAAAUUAUAUGCAUGUUAUUGACUUUUCCAGCAACCAAUUGUCAGGAAAAAUACCUCUAGAGGUAUUCAGGCUCACUGCAUUAGAAUCACUGAACUUAUCACACAAUCAAUUAAUGGGAACCAUACCAGAUGAAAUUGGUCAAAUGAAACAAUUGGAAUCCCUUGAUUUCUCAAAUAACAAACUCUCAGGCGAAAUUCCUCAGAGCAUGUCUUCCCUGUUUUUCCUGGGUGCUUUGAACCUCUCAUUCAACAAUCUCACAGGUAGAAUCCCAUUAGGGACCCAACUUCAGGGAUUCACAGCUCUUUGUUAUAUUGGCAAUUCUCAACUUUGUGGAACUCCACUUACAAAGAAUUGCACCCAUGAUGAACCAUCCCAUGACACAAAGGUGGUUGGUAAUAGUGAGAAAGGAUCUGAUGAGUUACUUGAAUGGUUGUAUAUGGGCAUGGGAACUGGAUUUGCAAUCAGUUUUUGGGUGGUUUGUGGUUCCCUUUUCUUCAAUCGAACAUGGAGACAUGCCUACUUUAUGAUGUUAAAGACCAAAUGUAUGUCAAGAUGAUCUUGAAGUGAACUCCUUCAGUUCAAAUUUAGCAAUGCAAUUCAUAGACUCGGCAGUUGUCCUCUGUGACUCUCAUGGGUGUGCCUUUCAUCCGGAAGUUCCUUUCAAGUGUAGUGUUUGCUUGGUACUUUAGGUAGUUGAUCUUUAGAUUCUUAUGUUUAAUAAAGUAAUGUUUUAUAUGUGUCAAAUUUAUUUAAGUGUGGUGUGAUGGAUAACAUUAUCAGAGAUGUGUAAGGGACUCUAUCCAAUCAUGUAGCUCCUAAAUUGUUUGAGUAACUUACUAUAUAUGUUUACUCUUGUUAUUUGAGAUAUAAAGAUGUAAAUAUUUGAAGUUUGAA